AUGGCGCUCGAUCUGCACCAUCUGUGGGUGUACCUGGGGCUGCUCGUCAGCGGAGGCAUAGCUUACACGCUCGGCCUCGUCGUGUACCGGAUAUUCUUCCAUCCGCUGGCCAAGUACCCGGGUCCCCUUCUCGCCAAGGUCACGGAUGCGUACCAGCUCUACCACGCCUACAAGGGCGACCGCCAUCUCGAGUUCUGGCGCAUGCACGAGAAAUAUGGGAAAAUCGUCCGCUUCGGCCCCAACUCGCUGUCCUUCAACUCGAGCCAGGCGCUCAAGGAAAUCUACGGCUUCCGCGCCAACGUCCGCAAGGCCGAGUUCUACAACGCCUUCGUCCACCCGGCCGCCAACACGCACAACACGCGCGACAAGGAGGAGCACGCCCGCAAGCGUCGCGUCCUCUCCCACGCCUUCUCCGAGAGCGCCAUGAAGGAGAUGCAGCGCUACAUCCUCGGCAACGUGAGGACCUUUUGCGAGCAGGUCGGCGCCGGCCCCGUCGGCGCCGACGCCAAGGGCUGGACCUCGCCCCGCGUCAUGAGCGACUGGUGCAACUACCUCGCCAUGGACAUCCUCGGCGACCUGAGCUUCGGCAAGGCCUUCCACAUGCUCGAGCGGCCCGACAACCGCUUCGCCCUCGAGCUCGUCGAGGCGGCCACGACACGCCACCUCAUCUGCGGCACCAUGCCCGUCGUCGACAAGCUCAAGUUCGACAAGGUCCUCUUCCCCAAGCUCGCCGCCGGACGCGCCCGCUACAUGGCCUACAGCAAGGGCCAGCUGACGGAGCGCACCAAGCUCGGCGACGACACCGACCGCCGCGACUUCUUCUACUACCUGCUCAAGGCGCGCGACCCCGAGACCGGCCUCGGCUUCAGCACGCCCGAGCUCUGGGGCGAGUCCAACCUGCUCAUCAUCGCCGGGUCGGACACGACCUCGACCGCCAUGGCCGCCACCCUCUUCUACCUCACGCGCAACGAGCACGCGCUCGACAAGGUGACGCGCGAGAUCCGCGGCAAGUUCCACGACGUCGAGGAGAUCGUCCACGGACCCGCCCUCGGCAGCUGCACCUACCUGCGCGCCUGCAUCGACGAGGCCAUGCGCAUGUCCCCCUCGGUCGGCGGCAUCCUCCCGCGCGAGGUGCUGCCGGGCGGCAUGACCAUCGACGGCCAGGCGCUGCCGCCGGGCACCGUCGUCGGCACGCCGCACUACACCAUCCACCACAACGAGACCUACUACCCCAUGGCCUACAGCUACACGCCCGAGCGCUGGCUCAACGGCGCCGUCGACCCGCGCACCGGCCGGCCGACGACCGAGGACGACGUCACCCGCGCCCACAGCGCCUUCUGCCCCUUCAGCAUCGGCGCCCGCGGCUGCAUCGGCAAGGGCCUCGCCUACGUCGAGAUGACGACGACGCUCGCCCGCACCCUGUACCUGUACGACAUCCGCAAGGCCGUCGGCGUCGCCGACCCGGCCGAGGGGCGACCCGAGCUCGAAUGGGGCCGACAUCGCGAGGGGGAGCUUCAGCUGGUCGACACCUUCACGAGCGCCAAGAAGGGCGUCAUGGUCGAGUUUCGCCCGGCCGGGAAGCCUUGA